AUCCUCUUGAUGUUUUGUUUUGACUUACAACUCCCUGAAUUUGUUAUUCAACUGGCCAUCUUGCAAUCAUACUUUUCACUUUCUAUACCGCCAAUCACAGCCUCAGACAAUCAAAAGCAUUUUCAAUCACCUUUUCCGCCAACAGUGGCUCCUAACUCAUCUCUCCCUUGGUUCAUAUCUUCCCCAAACCUCCAUCAAUUCCUCAAUCAGUCACUACUUGUAACCUCAGAUCUCCCCCGACACAAAUGUCUUCAUCUACCACUGCCAACUCCGAAAUCUCUCCCUUUCUCAUCCUCCUUCCUCGGGAAACCCGUCUACAAAUAUACUCAGAGCUUCUCAGCUUCCAUACCAUCCCCCUCUACUUGGCCAACACCAGCGGCUCCCUCGCCAUCCCCCGCGACCUUCUCGACCUGAACCUCCUCUCUCUACCUCUAACAUGCCAUCAAAUCUACAAUGAAACUAUCAAAAUCUUAUACUCCACCAACACCUACACCCUCAAGACCCCCACCGCCCUCCACUUAUUCUCUCGUCUCUCCCAGCCAGCUUUCCUCCUUCGCAACUUGACCUUCACAUUACCGCUCCCUCACCUCCUAUACUUCUGCGACCUCCCUCACGCUCUUGCCGCUUCUGCCACAGAUGAUUCAAAAGAGCCUUUGAAACGCCAGGACAUCGCAUGGAUUGAAAACUGGGAGAUUUUGAAUGGUAUGAAGGGAUUGAAGAAGUUGAGAGUGGAGCUCGAUGUCCCAGUGUUCUGGAGACAUAGCUGGAGGGCAAGAGAAGGUGAGAUGUUAGCCUGGCUGAAAAAGUCGGGCUUAGCUGUUCAAGAUUUCACACUUGCCGUGCUUUGGGAUGAGCCGAAAGGGGAAGAGGGAGGGAGGGAGAGGUUUGGUGAGGGGAAGAGGUGGAAAGUGGAGAGAAUAGAGAGGAAGGGCGAAGAAGGCAAUAUUUGGGAGAGGGACUGGGGGCACCUUGUUGAUUUGGGGAUGAGUGGGUGAUUUUUAUCCCGAAGAUGAGGAGAGGAGCUGAUGCGGGCCAGGAUCAGCAAAUGUGGGGUCGUGGGAUGGGUGUGAAUAUUUUCUU